AUGGACCAACUGUGGACUGCACGCUCCCUCCUGCUCCUCUUGCCGGGGGCGCCUAACUGCCUGUGGACCCCGGAGUAACCCAGCUGCCCAGAACCCAGGGAACUGGAAGCCAGCAAAGUUGUCCUCCUUCCCAGUUGUCCUGGCCCAGGAAGUCCUGGGGAGAAGGGAGCUCCAGCUCCUCAAGGGCCCCUUGGGCCACCCAGCAAGAUGGGCCCCAAGGGAGAUCCUGGUGAGUACCCAGGGACCAGGCUCCAGUGCCAGGAGGUCCCCAGGCGCUGCCAGGAGCUGCUGAGCCAGGGUGCUACCUUGAGCCUCUGAAACCACUUGUGCCUACCCCAGGGGGAGCCAGGGCCUUCUGGAGCCAAGAAGCAUUCCUUAGUCUUCCAGAGGCGACAGGGUGGCUCCAUAGAUUUCUUCCACUUGUGGUCCUCCUACAAGGCAGGUUUUGGGAGACAGGAGACAGAAUUCUGGCUGGGGGAUGAAAAUUUGCACCAGCUUCUCUCCAGGGUAAGUACCUGGCAGCUGUGGGUGGAGCUGGUGGACUUCAGUGGCAACCGCACCUUUGCCCACUAUGAGACCGUCCACCUCCUUGGGGAGGCAGAUUGCUCCCAGCUGGUGCUAGCCAAAUUCUUAGGGGGCACUGCAGGUGACUGGUGGCACAAGGCCUGUUAUCAGUCCAAUCUCAACGCUCGAUGUGGAGUCGGGGCUGCUGCCUGCAAGCAUGGCAUCGACGGGGCCUCAGGCCGCAGCCGGGGCCACACUUACUGCAGGGUUCUCAGGAUGCUUCCCUCGGGCACCCUCUGAUAAGCACCCUUAUCUCUUCUGGGCAAGCUUCUGAACCCCCCAGUUACCCUUCCCCAUUGUUGUCUCUGCUCACUCCACAUUUAAAAAGAAAAUUUUAAAAACAAGACAAAAAAGUUAAACACACACACAAAGAAAAAGUCGUUUUAACCCUUACCUGGCUUGCAAGGUAAUUACUGGGAGAAGCUCAAGAGGGCAGACCAAGACCAGCUCCAGUCCAGGAAGACCUGUCUCUAGUCCUGAAGAUGGA